GAGCGGGUCCAGAGCUGCAGACAGGGACAGAGAGCGUCCUCAGGACAGAGACAGGACCAAAGCCAGUCCCAAACCCGGACCCAAAGCUCUGCCGGAGAGAGGACGAGCUGCGGCCAAACCUCACGCCGCCAAGAAGAUGGUCAGCCCAGGCUCGGCGGCGAAGCAGGCGUUCAGGAAGCAGCAGCUGAGGACGUGGAAGCUGCAGCAGCAGAGGGAGCAGGAGGACAGACGGCGGCAGGAGGAGGACGAGCGACGCAAGCGAGAGGACGAGAUCCGACGAAUCCGAGACCUGUCCAACCAGGACGAGCAGUACAAUCGCUUCAUGAAGCUGGUGGGCGGGAGGACAAGGACGCGCAGUCAGUCCAGAGACGGAGACCACAGGAAGUCUGCGGCCAAACAGGGACUGGACGCCACGGGGACACUCUACCAGUACGACAACUACGAAGAGGUCGCCAUGGAUACGGACAGCGAGACUGGGUCACCAGUCUCGUCUCCGACUCACAACAACCAGCUGAGCCCCGACGACCCCGCGGCUUUCCCUCCGCUGGCUCUCUACGUCCCCGACGCGCUGCACUUUGGACCGGAUUUCUGCCAGACGUUCCUGUCCGGAGCGCCUCCCCCGCCUCCCCCUCUGCCCCCCCCACCGGACGAGCCGGAGCCUCCUCCCAAACCUCCGUUUGCUGACGAGGAGGAGGAGGAGGAGAUGCUGCUGAGGGAGACCUGCCUCAUGUCCAUGGCCAACAAGAGGGUGACGUCUGCAGAGGUGCAGAGUCCUAAAUGUCCCAAACGUGUCUCACCACAAAAUGUUUGA